CUGCCCGCACCUGCCCGCCCCGCGCCGCGCCGCCGCCGGAGCCCGCCAUGGGCAGCAAGGAGCGCUACCACUGGCAGGCGCAGGGGGUGCGGCAGAGUGGCGUGGACGACAUGGUGCUGCUUCGCCGCGUCUCUGAGGACGCCAUCGUGGAGAACCUGCGCCGGCGCUUCCUCGACGGCUACAUCUUUACCUACAUCGGGCCAGUGCUGAUCUCCAUCAACCCCUUCCGGCAGCUGCCCUACUUCACCGACCGUGAGAUCGACAUGUACCAGGGCGCGGCGCCGUACGAGAACCCGCCGCAUGUCUACGCGCUGGCCGACAGCUCGUACCGCAACAUGCUCAUCGACCGCGAAAACCAGUGCAUCAUCAUCAGCGGGGAGAGCGGCGCGGGCAAGACCGUGGCAGCCAAGUACAUCAUGAGCUACAUCUCCAGGGUGUCUGGCGGGGGCCCCAAAGUGCAGCAUGUCAAGGACAUCAUCCUCAAGUCCAACCCGCUGCUGGAGGCCUUCGGGAAUGCCAAGACCGUGCGCAACAACAACUCCAGUCGCUUUGGCAAAUACUUUGAGAUCCAGUUCAGCCAGGGCGGGGAGCCCGACGGCGGCCGCAUCUCCAACUUCCUGCUGGAGAAGUCGCGGGUCGUGAGCCAGAACCCGGGAGAGAGGAACUUCCACAUCUACUACCAGCUGCUGGCGGGCGCCUCCCCAGAGCAGCGGGAGAACCUGGGCAUCACCACGCCCGACUACUACUACUACCUCAACCAGGCGGCCGCCUACACUGCUGACGACGUGGACGACCGGCAGGACUUCAAUGAGACCCUGACGGCCAUGGACGUGGUGGGCCUGAGCGGGGAGGAGCAGGCGCUGGUGCUGCAGAUCGUGGCCGGGAUCCUGCACCUGGGCAACGUCGGCUUCCAGGAUGCCAACAACUACGCUGCCGUGGAGAGCGAGGACUUCCUGGCCUUCCCUGCCUACCUGCUGGGCGUGGAGCAGAGCCGGCUGCAGGAGAAGCUGACGAGCCGCAAGCUGGAUGGCCGGUGGGGGGGCCGCUGCGAGGUCAUCGCUGUGACCCUCAACGCGCAGCAGGCCAGCUUCAGCCGUGACGCCCUGGCCAAGGCGCUGCACGCCCGCCUCUUCGACUACCUCAUUGACGCCGUGAACAGGGCCAUGCAGAAGGCGCGGGAGGAGCACAGCCUGGGCGUGCUCGACAUCUACGGCUUUGAGAUCUUCCAGAAGAACGGCUUCGAGCAGUUCUGCAUCAACUUCGUCAACGAGAAACUGCAGCAGAUUUUCAUCGAGCUGACGCUGAAGGCGGAGCAGGAGGAGUACGUGCAGGAGGGCGUCCGCUGGAGCCCCAUUGACUACUUCAACAACAAGAUCGUCUGCGACCUCAUCGAGAGCAAAGUGAACCCGCCAGGGGUGCUGAGCGUCCUGGACGACGUGUGCGCCACGCUGCACGCCCAGGGCGCGGGCGCCGACCAGAGCCUGCUGCAGAAGCUGCAGGCCGCGCUGGGCACCCACCCCCACUUCAACCCUUGGAGCCGCGGCUUCGUCGUGCAUCACUACGCCGGCCAGGUCUCCUACGACGUGGAGGGCUUCUGCGAGCGCAACCGGGAUGUGCUGUUCAGUGACCUCAUCGAGCUGAUGCAGAGCAGCGAGCUCCCCUUCAUCCGAGACCUGUUCCCCGAGAACGUCCACACGGAGAAGAAGGGCCGACCCACCACGGCUGGCAGCAAGAUCAAGAGACAGGCCAAUGACCUGGUGACCCGGCUGAUGUGCUGCACGCCCCACUACAUCCGCUGCAUCAAGCCCAACGAGACCAAGCGGCCCCGCGACUGGGAGGAGAGCAGGGUGAAGCACCAGGUCGAGUACCUGGGCCUGCGGGAGAACAUCCGCGUGCGCCGCGCCGGCUACGCCUACCGGAGACCCUUCCACAAGUUCCUGCAGAGGUACGCGAUCCUGACCCCUGAGACAUGGCCAGCAUGGCGGGGCGAGGAGCGCCAGGGAGUGCUGCACCUGCUGCAGGCCGUGAAUGUGGACCCUGGGCAGUUCGAGCUGGGCUGCAGCAAGGUCUUCAUCAAGGCCCCUGAGUCACUGUUCCUGCUGGAGGAGAUGCGGGAGCGGCACUACGAUGGCUUCGCCCGCAUCAUCCAGCGAGCCUGGCGCCGGCACGCGGCCGCCCGCACCCAUGUCCGCCUGCGCGAGGAAGCCUCCAACCUGGUGCUGCACCGCAAGGAGCGCCGGCGCCACAGCCUCAACCGUGCCUUCGCCGGCGACUACUUGGGCCUGGAUGCCUGCCCCGAGCUGCGGCGCUUCUUGGGCCGGCGCGAGCGCGUCGACUUUGCUGCCACCGUCACCAAGUACGACCGGCGCUUCAAGGCGGUGAAGCGGGACCUGGUGCUGACUCCGCGGUGCCUCUACCUGAUCGGGCGGGAGCGGGUGCGGCAGGGCCCCGACAAGGGCGCUGUCCGUGAGGUGCUCAAGCGCCGCAUCGAGCUCGAGCAUGUCCAGGCUGUGUCGCUCAGCUCCCUGCAGGACGACUUCGUGGUGGUGCACACGGCGCAGUACGACAGCCUGCUGGAGACCGUGCUCAAGACAGAGCUGCUGAGCCUGCUGAGCCGGCGCUGCGAGGAGCGGGCUGCCCGGCCUCUGCCCCUCAACUUCAGCAACCAGCUGGAGUUCAAGGUGAAGAAGGACGGCUGGGGGCCCUGGGGCAUGGCCGGCUCCCGCCACAUCCACUUCCAGCUGGGCCAGGGCGAGCGGGCGCUGCUGCGAGCCGCGGGCAAGGUGCUGACGGUCAGCAUUGGGCCCGGGCUGCCCCGAAACUCCCGGCCCACCCGCAAGGACCCGCGGUCAAGCUGCUUCCCAGGCCUCGGUGACCCCAGCACCAGCUACCGCCUGGCGGCAGGCAGGGAGUGGCCGCUGGGGGGACCCGGACCCCUGGGGACCCCCCGGCAGCGCCUGUCGCUGGCCCGCCAGAGCAGCAUGGAGCAGCCAGCGCUACCACGCCAAGGAGCUGGCCCCCGCGCCCGGGCCUGCCCUGCCCAGCUGGACCUGCACUUCAUGGAUGUGCCUGACCAGGGUGUGGCCGGGCUGCAGCGGAGGCUUUCGCAGGACACCAAGCCUGUCCCGGGCGGCGGGCGCGCUAAGCCCCAUCUGCAGCCGCGCCUGCCGCGGUGCCGGGCGCUGUACGCCUACGAUGCCCAGGACACUGAUGAGCUCAGCUUCAACACCGACGACCUCAUCGAGAUUGUCCGCGAGGACCCGUCAGGCUGGUGGCAUGGCCGCCUCCGUGGCAAGGAGGGCCUGUUCCCAGGGAACUACGUGGAGAAGCUCUGAUGGACGGGGCUGCGGGCGUGGACACGGCCCUGGGUCCCCACGCAGCCUCCCACCCCCAGGGACUUGGGCAGGACCAGCCCCCCCUGCCUCUUCCUCUCUCGGCGCCGGGUGCGGUGAGCACGUUCCUGGGCAGGCAGCAACGGGGAGCUGGACGUGCCCAGGCACCGCGGGCCCCUCCCUGCUCAGGAAGCCGCCGGCGGCGUGGGCAUGAGACCACACAGCUGCUGAGCACCCCUGUCCCCCUGCCGCAUUGCCGGCGGCCACAAGGUUUGUCCUUGGGUCCAGCCCUGCAUCCAGGGGCUGUGAGCAUGGACCCGAGCCUGGCCCCACGCGGUUUAGAAAGGCUGUGGGGAGCACAGAGAUGCUGCGCUGGCAGGGCCCGGGGGGGGGAUCCCAUCCAGCCCAGCCCAGCCCCUGCUGCAGGCAGGAUCAGCUCUGUCUGAAUCAGCCACGUGCUUGUCUAGUCUGGACCUGCAGGCCCCGCGCUCCCACCCACGCGCACGUGCACCCAGCCCAGGUCCAGGGUUGUACAGCUGCCGGGAGCGGGUUCAUGCUCCAGUCCAAGGUGGGGGCAUCAGUCUUGCCUCUGGGGGUGGUUCAAAGGCUGGGCCGGCAGCAAUCACAGGGGCUCUGGGCUGGAAGGGACCCCACGUGCUCCCCAUGUCCAAGCAGGAUCAGGCCUUACUGCAGCACCCCGGGUUGCCGCUGUCUCCCCGGCUCCAUAGGGGCAGCAGGGGUGGGACCAACCCUGUUCUGGUCAGGGGUCCUGGAUGAGCCUCAGGGGUGGAUGCGAUGCUGGGUAGGGUUCGCCUCCCACAAGGAGCCAGGGCAAGGCAGGGGCACCCCCCAGCAUGGGGGGUGUUGGAACAGCAGCGAGGGGCCAGCACCUGCCCCCAUGCAUGCAGGGGAAGCAGGUCGGGGGCUGGCGGAUGCUGCAGCCUCAGGUGCAGCUGGACAUGGAGCUGCUUGGGAUCCAGCCCUGCCAGCCUGCUCGUCAGCAGCGUGGGCCUUCACCACUUUCCCCUUCCACGAGCUCAGGUCCUGAGGGUUUCCCUGCCAAGCAGGGGCCUCCCUGCAGUUGUGGCACUGGGUAAAUCCUCCCUGAUGGGCCAGCUCCCAGUGCCCCCCACCCCCGACUGCCCCUCUGAAGUAGCUGGGCCAGGCUCCCGGGGUGCCUCCACUGCAGCCCACAUCUCCCACCCAGCACAUGACUGUGGCUUAGGGAGAGGCGAGGAGAGGCUCAAAGGGACCAGGACCAAAAUGAGCCUUGGUUAUGCAGCCACAUGCUCACCCCAGCCCCCAAAAUGUGAUGCAUCCACCAGUUCUUGGCUUCCUGCUAAACUGGGGCCAUCCUUCAAUCCACAGUGCAGUGGGGCUGCAAAGGAGCUGCAGGGGUCACAUCUAGUGCAAGCCCCUGCCCAAACCAGCCCAGACCCACCCAUCACUUAAACCCUAUGUGAAACCACCGUCAGCCCCGACACACCAGACAUCACCCCCAAACCUGCCCCAGGACAGCAGGGGAAGCCCAGCAGCUACCGUACGUGCUGAAGACAUCCCAGGCAGAGGCCGUGCCCUGGAUCUAGAAUGAGGCAACCCUCAAAAUCUGAGCAUGGGGGAAACUUCCUUCCCAACCCCAAUGCAGGUCAGACCCAAGGGGCAAGACCCUUAAACCAGGAACCACUGGGGUCCAGUGCUGAACCCCCACUCAGGUACCAUCAGGGCAAGGGCCAUGCCUGCCCCUGGCUCCUAGCCCCUAGCCCCCUCAGGCCUGCCAGGCCUCCAUGACCAGUGCAGGAUGGCAGAAGCAGUAUAAAAGGUUACCUGGAGUGGACCACAACCCCCCGUCCCGGGUCUCGCUACCAGCCUCGUGCCCGCCGGCUCCAGCGCCACCCACAGCAAGGGUGCAAACCUGGCUGGCACCGGGAAGCAAGGGGCCGAGGAAGCAACACAACGCACAGCGGGAGUGAAACCACUAGAAGUUUUAAUCGCAUUAUUACUACAAGAAUAAGGAAUACCUGAGAGCCUGUUGCAGUGCCCAUACUUUUAAUGUAGCAUAAUCAGUUCACAACCCUCCCGCCCGCAUCCCACCCUCUAAAAACAAGUAUACAGAUUCCCCACUCUUUUUUUUUUUGUUCUUUUUUAAAUUCUUUUAAAACACAAGUCGUUCUAAAGGCACUGAAGUGCUUGGAGAGGGUCUGGGACAAAAUCCGAUUACAAAGCCGUUGGUUUUGA